AUGGAAGAAGAGAUAGUAGAAUUUCCAAGCGAUUGUGAGUCUGUAGACGACUUAUGCGAUAGUAAUGGCGAAGCAGUUUCAAACGAUGAAAGUGAAGAAAUUGUUCACAGCUUACAAAGUAAUAUCAUUGAUGAGUACGAUAGUGAAGAUGAAGCUUUGAUUGUUCGUUUGCAAAAUUUAGAUGGUAGAUGGGAACAAAAAAGCAGACCAAAGGAAAAUGUUCAAUUCACUCAAGAAUCUGGACUGAAUGUACCAGAUUCAGCUACGCCAUUAGAUAUAUUUUACUUUGAUCGAACCAACCUCUAUCGAGAACAAAGUCAAAGUACAGCAGUGUCAGAAAAUGACAUGCUUGUAUUUUUGGGCAUCAACAUAUUGAUGGGUGUCAAGAGACUGCCAGCAUAUAAAGAUUAUUGGUCCAUGAAUCCUCAGAUAAAUGAUCCAUAUAUAUGCAAUAUUAUGACUCUCAAUCGCUUCAGUUCCUAUCUUAGCCAUUUGCAUGUAAAUGACAAUAGCAAAGAACCAAAAAAAGAUGAGACGGCCUAUGUCUGUGAAUUUCAGAUUUAUACCGGUAAAUCAAGCGAUACCGCGGAAAAAUCGUUAGGCGCUAGAGUUUUACGAGAUUUUACGCGAGAAAUCAUUGCUCGUUAUCAUCAGGUAUAUUUUGAUAAUUUUUUUACAAGCGUAGAUCUCGUGAUUUCCUUGAAAGCAGACGGAAUUUUAGCUUGUGGGACUGUUCGUCAAGGCCGUGUUGGAUUACCAAAGCUUCAAAUGAUUGAUAAAAAUAUGGUCAGAGGUCAGCAUGAGUAUCGAACUUCUUCAGGUUUACGCUGGAUAAAAUGGAAAGAUAAUAACGCUGUCUCAUUUUUGUCAAACUUUCAUGAUCCUAGCGAAUUAAGAACGGUAAAUCGCAGACAAAAAGAUGGCUCGUUACUUGCUGUAACUUGUCCUACCAUCGUUUCUGAUUACAACAAGCAUAUGGGGUAUGUGGACAAAGCAGACAUGCUCAAAUCGACCUACCAAAUCAACUGA